GUCAGCUGUAAUGGAAGGGGGAGGCAGCGGCGUCAACCUCAGCAGGAAGUUUGUUUCAGAAGCUGAGCUUGAAGAGAAGAGGAAGAAGAGACAAGAAGAAUGGGAGAAAGUUAGGAAACCUGACGACCCUGAGGAUGCCCCAGAGGAGGCGUAUGACCCACGUUCGCUCUUUGAGCGGCUGCAGGAGCAGAAAGACAAGAAACAAGAUGAAUUUGAGGAGCAAUUCAAAUUCAGGAACAUGGUGAGAGGAUUGAACGAGGAUGAGUCCAGCUUCCUGGACGAGGUCUCCCGGCAACAGUGCCUGGUGGAGAAGCAACGCAGGGAUGAGGAGAAACAGGAACUGCUGGAAUACAGAAGCGCUCUAGUGAAGAAAGCGUCCACAGAAAGUCGCAAAGAGCCUGAAAAGAAGGCGGCACCUAAACAUUCAGGGGUAGAGCAAAGGACCAGCCACCUGUCUCAGGCCCAUUUGUUGGCUGGAGCUGUCAAGAGGCGCAGCUCCUCCCAGUCGUCAGACAGCAGUAAGAAACAGAAGGUGGAAAUCACAACUACAGCAACGACGACAGGAAAUGGAGACAGACACACAGAACAGGAGAAUGGUGCAGGAGGAGGAGCAGGGCGAGCUGAAGAUCAACAAACAGCCCCCGGCCUGACGGCGAAGACCCCCUCUGCUUCCCUGAGCACCGGUCAAGGUGUGUUACACCUGCCGUCAGCGGCCGUGUGCGUCGGCGUUUUACCAGGACUCUGCGUUUAUUCCGGCAGCAGCGACUCUGACAGCAGCUCGGACAGCGAAGUUUAAGCCGAGCAACCAAUCCCGCACUGCCUACCCCGACGACAUCCUGCCCCCCCCUACACCCCCCCUCCCAACCCAAGCCACAGUGACUGCAAGCUGUGCUGUUGGCUGAGGGAACAGUGAUUGACAGCUGUGGAGCAAGGAAGAGACUGCUUUAGACCGUGUCACAUGACUCACACCUUUUAGCAGCAGAGGAGAGAGAGCCGGGGCAGGACACGCUUCUCUUUCUCUCUCUCUCUUUGUGUUAUAUGCAUAGCCUGAAUGGUUUGAAAAGUUGUUUUUAUUUGUGUGAUGUAAUGUAUUUUCUCAUCAGUAGUUUGUCUCAAAAGUCACACCGUGCCCGACUGUUUGCUGCUGUCUCAGGCGCUGGAGUUUUGUUUAGUUGGUCAAAGUAUGAGCAGAGAGAAAUAAAGCGCUUUCCCUUGUA